AUGGAGAGGGGAUGCACUCAGGUGACUCCAAACGCGCUCCUGGAGGCGGAUGGACAGGGUCAGUCUGCUGUGAGGAGGAAGGAGAAACCUGAAGACCGAAACACAGAACCAGCACAAAGCAGUGAAAACCUCCACCAGCAGAUCUUCAAACACAGGGAGUCUCAGUAUGACAUUCUGGGUGUUAAGAAAAACUGGUCUGGACUCAUUCCAAACAUUGUCAACUACAGCAACAACAGCGGAGCUCCUCGGUCAUCGGCCCACACCAUCCGGGUCCUUCCCUGCUUUCUGGAUCCUCCGCUCGAUGUCUCAGGCCUAACAGUUGAGUGGAAAUUCAGCGGAACUCAGCUGGUGCAUUUUUACCGAAGCAAAUCUGACUCUGACAGGCAGAGGCAGAACAUCUCUAAACCGCUCUGA